CCCUUCAUGGACAGCGACCAUGGGAUCCACCAGUUCUUCCUGCCUCGGGAAUACGCAGUUAUCAUCCCCGUGGCAGCCGGGCUGCUGCUGCUGCUAUUUAUAGGUGUUUUUAUAAUGUUUGUGACGUGGAAGAGCAGGAAACCCGCCAAGAAAUCAGACUGAAGGCCCAGCUGAGGAGAUGGGGAGGUGCCCACGCUGCAGCAUCACAGCCAGGAAAAGACUUUUCCUGCAGCUCCAGGCAGACAUCUCCAAGGUGCCCAGCACUGAGCUGCUCCCACGUUCCCUCCUGCAGAGACUAAACCUGUAGUUUACAAUUCACUGACCAAAGAGAAGCAGGAUUCAUCCAAGGCUCAUCAAGAGAGGGACCAGAGGCCCUGCUGAGGGAGCUGCUCCCCAGCUGGGGCUGCCCUGCCCACUCUGGGCACUCCUUCCCUUCAGCUCUGGCUCAGCCCAGUAGUUUGUUCCUUCUGGGAAUUUUAUUUAAAAGUUUACCUACAGUUUGUGGGGUUUUUUUGGUUCAAGUCUGAAAGGAGAGAAAUUACACUUUGGGCUUGGAAAGGAUAGGUUUGCCUUCUCCAUUUGCUUCUGGAAGGGCUGAUCACGGUGCUGGGGGCUCUUGCCCUUCUGAAGAGGGACUCCCAUGAGGCUGGGUGUGCAGAGGGAGCAGGGACAGUGCUGCCUCUGUGUCCCACCCAGCUGAGGGGUGGGGAGGAGAUGUCCUGGAUCACAGGGAGGUGCUGGGUGUGGUUCCCACCACAGCUCUCAGUCUUGGUUCCUCCAUGUGCCAGCCAGGCUGGGGCUGAGCAGGCAGUGUGGUGGCAGUGUCCUUCCCCUUGGGGUUCCUCUCCUGGGCCAUGGCAAGCAGGCCCACCCUUAAUAAACGUCUGCAAGGUCUCA